AGCUCCCUUCUCUCCACGUUUGGACCUGCGCCCCCUGCACACCUCCCAAGGGGUGCACCUGUUCCUCGAUCUGGCCGGAUGCAGGGUCACCGCGCGCCACUCCUAGGCUCACACUCCCUGCGUUAUUUCUCCACCGUCUUCUACAAUCCUGGCCACGGCGAACCUCGGGUCAUGGUCGUAGGCUGUGUGGACAACACACAGAUCUUGAGCUUUGACAGCGACAAUGAGAGUCAGCGAGUGGAACCGCGGGUGCCAUUCAUGGCGCAGGAUCCUGAGCAUUUGGAUGAAUUGACGCGUCUCGGCAGGCGCAUCUUAAUAAUUGGCCGAAUCGAACUGAGGACCCUGUUCAACUACCGUAGCAAGAGAGAGAAUGGGUCUCACACUAUCCAGAAGAUUUGCGGCUGCGACGUAGGGCCAGACCACCGUCUACUCCGUGGGUAUGAGCAGAUCGCUUAUGAUACCCAGGAUUAUAUCUCUCUGACUGAGGACCUGCGCUCCUGGAUCGCAGUGGAUACCAAGGAGGCUCAGAGCACCAGGCGCAAGUGGGAGGCAGCUGGGUAUGCAAGGCUUUUUAAAUCUUUCUUGGAAGGAGAGUGUGUGACGUGGCUUCUCAAAUACCUGGAUAAAGGGAAGGAGAUUCUGCAGCGUGCAGAUCCUCCAAAAACAAAUGUGACUCAUCACCCCAGACCUGAAGGAGGUGCCACCCUGAAGUGCUGGGCCCUGGGCUUCUACCCUGCAGACAUCACCCUGACCUGGCAGAGGGAUGAGGAGGACCUGACCCAGGACAUGGACCUUGUUGAGACCAGACCUGCAGGGGAUGGAACCUUCCAGAAGUGGGCAGCUGUGGUGGUGCCUUCAGGAGAAGAGCAGAGAUACACAUGCCAUGUGCUGCAUGAGGGGCUGCCUGAGCCCCUCAUCCUGAAAUGGGAGCCUCCUCCAUCUCCCACCACCCCCAUCAUGGGGAUCAUUGCUGGUCUGAUUCUCCUUGGAGUGUUGGUUGCUGGAGCUGUGGCUGUCAUUGUGAUGAGGAAGAGUACAGGUAGGACAGGACAGUGUCUGAGAUUUGGGCCUUCCUGA